GGGAUUUAAGGCACAAAAUUUUGUGUAACUCAUUUCAUUGUUUGCGUGAAAGGCUUGUUGCAAAGCAAUUAAAUCAAGAGUGAAAUAACCAUGGAAAAUGAUAGAGCGAUUACUAUUGAUAUCCACAGUAAAGCAGAUGGGCUUGGUCUUUUCGCAUUAUUUACAAAGUGGUUGCGGAAGCCGAAUUACUUUUUUUUUUCUAUUUCUGUAAAAUAGAUCAUGACAACAAUGGAGACUUUGCAAGAUGUGUUUAAUAGAAGCUCACUUAAAGAAGAGGACCAUAUACAGUAUGCAAUCUAUAUGCCAAAUAAGGAAAAAGACAUGAUUCUUUAUUUACAAGAUACGAUCAACAUGAUUAACUCAAUGAUUGAACCCACGAUUAAAGAUUAUCUUUGGCAAAAAGAUCGCUUUCACCUGUCAAUUGUUCAAGACAAAUCACAAGAUCCACUAUAUCCCUUUCUUUAUGGCAUCAGUCGCUUUGGUGAUUGUAUUAAUGACGAGUGGUUCAUUGUUCAUCUACUCUAUCAGAUCAGCGUAGCUAUACCUGAAGCCAUUAUCUCAAUAAGCGAUAAUGAUGGUGAUGUUUUAUUGAUUGAAGCAGCUCUCGAACUACCUUCUUGGCUUGACCCUUCCAAUAGCCAAAACCGAGUUUAUUUACAUCGAGGCCAACUGCAUAUUAUACCCUUGCCCAAUUCGCCCUCAGAUCUCUUGCAGUUACCAGCAUCACUUACAAGAGAAAAGGCCAUUGAUAUUAUUCGUAGCAACCCACAAGCCAGUAUAGCCGAUCUUGCCAUUCAGUCAGCUAUACGCGACCGUAUCUCUGGGUAUCCAGCAGCAGCAGUAGCAGAGAUUCACAAGGCCAACUGUCUCUUACCAAACAAGGCAGCAUUUGUCCUUUUAAAGGAGCCACAGUUGAUCACACUAGCAGUGGAAGCGUUUUAUUUGAGAGAUCCUCUGUCAAUGAAGGCAUGUGCUUCCAUGUGCACCUUUCCGCCCUCUGAAGGUAACAUAUUAACUACUGUUCGAUUUACAAGAACAACGUAUGCUCAGACAGUUAGUCAAAAGUUCUAUGCUCCAAAACCGUUCCGUUUGCCGGCUGCUAGAGAGACAAGAAAGUUCAAAUAUGCUGAACUGGGCAUGAAAGUGGCGUGUGGGCUAGAGAUGCUCUAUAGACAGUCAAGAGACAGCAAUGAAGCAAGGAGCAUAGACGACGUAGAGUCAGACAAGAAAUUCACUUCUUAUUUAGAUCAUCUGAGCAAGUUGGGUUAUUUUAGAGGGGAAAAGAAAGGAUCACGGCUGUAUAAUGCAUUAGAAGCAAAAGCAAAGGAGCAAUACCUAAUAUACAAAAAGGAAGAACGUUCAAAGGUCAUAUCGGUCGAUCACCCAGACGCAGACGAUGAAGAUAUUGUGAAACCUAGCAUAGAAAAUGUACGAGCAAGAAUUGAUCAGGCGUUAUCUCAGUAUACAGAGGAAGAGUUGAACAAGCUUGUGGAAGCAAAUACAGAUCAAGAGGAUAGCGAUGAUUGGAUGAAUAUUGACCCACAACAGCUUGAAGAGCUACUAUUUAAGCGAAUGGCAAAGGAUAAUGAUAUGCUAAAAGACUUGGGAAGAAGCAUUGAGGAUGAAAGCAGUAUGGAUUUGGAAGCCAUCAUGUCCAACUUGCAGUAUUUUGUUGAAAGUGGUAAAAGUGGUCUUGAGGGCGUAGAAAUAUCAAAAGACAUAUAUGGUAGCGACGACGACGACAAUGAUGAUGGUGAUAUUGAAGAGAGCGAACUCAAGUUUGAUUAUGAGAAGUUCAUGCAUAUUUUGCAAGGAAAAGAUGUAAACGAUAAUAAUGAGAAAGAUAUGCAUAAUGUAAUGGAAGAGAUGGACCAAGAAAUUUAUGGAUAUGAUAAAUUGAAAAACUCAUUUGAAAAAAUGCCUUUAGAAGAAGACGAAAAAGAAGAUGAAGAUGCACCAGUUGAUAUAGAGCUAAAUUUAGUUAAAAAUAUACUAGAGAGUUUCAAGAGUCAGCAAGGUUUACCAGGACCAGCAGGCAAUAUGUUGAAUCAAUUUGGCAUUGUACUUCCACGAGACGAAGAAGAGGAAGAAUAGGGCUAGUUUACGCCAUAGAUCAUUCUUUGUUUUCUUCUUAAUUCUCGUUCUUCCUUCUUUUUCUUUUUUUCAAUGAUUGCAAAUAAAUCAUCAUCUUCAUCGUCAUCGUCUGAAGACGAAGAAGAAGAG